CCGUGAUUCUUUGUUUUUACAUGGGAGGAAAAAUAAACACCCACACGUGUCAUCACACGUCGAAAAUUCUCAGUCCUUAGUGGGCGUUGUAGAUGUGUGUGUAUUACAGCUCGGUGUGUGUGUGUGUUUAGUCCUCUGCAGGUGAGAAAGAGGAGCGCGCGCGCAGAUAAAGCUCAUAUUCUCACUCGUUUACAUACUGUAGCAAACGUCACGCGCAGGAGUCGCGUCGCACGCGCAGGUGGCUCAAAUUAACUCCGGCCCUUUUGUGUAAGACUGCGUGUGUGUGUGUGUGUGUGUGUGUGUGUGUGUGUGUGUGUGUGUGUGUGUGUGUGUGUGUGUGUGUGUGUGCGCGCGCGCGCGCGGAUGCACUAUGGUGGCGAAGAUGGCGAAUUUCGGAGACACAAAAGACGACGGAAACAGAGACGUUCCUGCUUCAGAGCUGAAAGACAGUCAGACUGACAACGAGUACAACAGCUCAGAAAGCGCAGAAUCGUCGUCAGAAGACAGCGCGGACGAAGAAGAGGAGGAAGAAGAGGAAGAGGAAAACGAAAGAGAUCCAGAAAAUGUGGAAUCAUGCGCCGGAGGAGUCACCGACGCCUCGUGCACAGAGACCGGACCAGACACGAGCAACGGUCACCACAUAAAGCCGUUCUGUGAGAAAUGUAGCCUUCUUCAGAAACCAGUCCACCAGCUCGUGACACCAAGAGAAAUCUGUGAAAAUCGCUGGCAGUUGACUCUGGAGGACGAGGGAGUGUACGAGUGCUCGGAGACGGGGCUGGUGUUCGAGGUGUCUCAGAAGGUCCGGAUCCGCUACCGUGUCCUGUCCUGGAGCAAGUUCGGUGCUUUCCUGAACGACUCGUGGAAACUCGCUGGGCCGAUUUUCGACGUGGACUGCGAUCCUUCCAUCCUCAAGUCCAUCCAGUUUCCUCAUUCGCUCUGUCUGUCAGAUCAGGACAACGAGGUGAAAUUCAGCGUAUUGCACGUGAAGGACCACAAAGGCCUCAUCGAGCCGUCGGUCGAUCACUCGCGCAGUCAUAUAAAGUGGAACGUGUCGUCGCUGUCUCCGGUGGGACCGGUCGUACAGACGUCCAAGCCGGCCGAGCAUCACGGCGUCGUCCAGAUCUAUAAGGAAGUGGGACAGCAGGACUCGUACUCUUUCAGGGUCUACCUCGCUACCAACAACGAAUCUGAUAUCGCCGACAUUAGAAAGGAAGUAAGGACCGCAAAGAAAAAGUACAUGAAGAUCGAGAAGCCGCCUCAGUGCCAGAAACUGCUGGAGGAGAACAGGAAGUACCGUCUGAUCAGCGAGCCUCAGGGAGACAUCACACCUGAGGACAUCCAGUUCACACUGGCCGUGGUGAAGAUGAAGGGUUACUUCGAGGCGUUCUUCGAGCAGCGUCCGCCGUUCAAGCUCUCGCUCAUUGAAGCAGAGUCUGAACAAAUCGUGUGGACUGCAACCAUACGAGAAGGAGACUGCGUGGAGAACACGGUCGAGAAAACCCGAAGCCGUUCAUGCAGUCGGAAGCGAAACUGCAGCAUGUCCGAAAUGGAGCCGAGCAAUAAAAGACCUCACUGGUGUGACGAGUCAGGUGAUGAUUUAAUCCCUGAUGGCGUAAGAACGAAAGAGACGGACAUGAGUGAUAAGCAGCUGAUGCAGGUGGCCAAAUGCAUGGGAAAGGAGUGGAAGUGUGUGGCCAUCGCUUACCUGGACCUGACCAAACAGGACGUAGAGGACAUCGAGACGAAAGCCGAGGGCAACCAAGUCAUGAUGAAGUUCCACAUGCUGCAUUGUUGGAAGAGUCGGCAGUCUAAGGGAGAGGCAGGAGCCAUGCAGCUCUACGAGGCACUCAACCAGGAAGAUGUUCCCAGAGAGGUGAUCGACAAACUGGAUGAUAUACGCCGCAGCGGAUCCCCUAAAUAAGUCCCGAACUUUUUAUCUCCUCGCAUCCACUCCAGGACUUCGGAUGUAGAUCAUCUCAACCCUGCAUCCUGGUGCCUUCAGCUCUAAGACUGUGUUUCUCUCAGGGUCUGUCUUAUUUCAGAUGUGUUCCUUUAAUGGGGUGGGGUGUGUGUGUGGGGGGGUUAAUCCAAUACGAACAUUCCUUCUGUUCAUUUUGACAGCUAUUUGUGGAAAACGCAAGCCAGCGACCUUCAUCCGUUCUCUUUAAAAGGACAGACAAAGACAAGGACACGAUGAUAAUAAUAAUACUAAUAAUAAUAAUAAUAUGGUGCUUUAAAUACACCCAACACACCACCAGCUGUGCUUGGUAACUACUUGAGUGUAUACGUCCUUUAUCCCUGUUUACUUGACUGUGUAUUUAUAUUUUAUUUUAUUUUUCUAUCAUGUCUUCACUGUGGCUUUAUUCCAACCACUCGAAUCAUUUUGUUGACUCAGAGGAACGCUAAUCAUGUUUACUCGUUAUGCUUUCGGAGCAUUUGGACCAAAUUUUUUUUUUUUUUGUAGUCGUGGCAGCAAAAUAAGCACCGGUGGUAGCUUCUAUAAAACGGAGUAGCGCUUUCUGUGAAGGCUAAACGAUAUAAAAACGUACAAAUCCUUAUCGUGAAUUAUGACACGAGGGCAUUACAGUUCGUUACGUCGUUUAUCACGCGAUCAUUCGUAUAACACGUACAACGUCACGCCGGACCUUCCGGCGACGUGGAGUCAGGCGGCUCGCUAACGGAACGUGUUACGCAAACGUGAUCGAUCCCUAAAGCGUAAUAAAUAAAGAUAGCUAUGAAGCGUGAUGCGUUUAAUUAGCGAUCGAUUAAUUAAUGAAAAUCUUCGCAGAAAGUUUUACUUCAAUUCUUUUUUCGGUUAUUUCCACUGUACUGUAUAUAUGGCAUCUGUGAAUUUUUUUUUUAAGUCUGUAUAAAUUUGCUAGUGUAUAUGUUGGUGUUUUUUUUUUUUAAGUAUGUAAAAUAGAGUCCAUAGAGUGGUUACUGCUGUGCAGUCUGAUGCCGUCUGAUCUCUAAUCUGAACGCAGAUCAGAUUUCUUCACACUCAUCAUGUUUUUUUUCAACAUAGAAUGUACUGUAUGUCUCUAUAUUAGGGCGUGUAAUUCGUUCAUUCAGUCCUCAUCGGCAAGCGCUUUAUCCCGGUGAAUCCGGGGGACGGGACGCAGCUCAUCACGGGGCAUCAGGCACAAAACCUAGGGGCAUUUUAGCUAAGUCAUUCCACCUACUAGCAUGUUAGCGUGUCGUUGGAGGAAGAAAGCAAACCGGAGCUCAGGAUCGAACGCUGGAGCUACAAAGCAGCAAAAAAAAUAGCAGCUAAACUUUUUUUUUUAAACAAAGCAGCUAAACGUUUUCUAAUAAAUAAAAGGCAGAAUAAACCAAGAAUUGUGGUUUCAGUGUACAGUUUAACUCCUAUUGGGUUAAAACCAGAAAUACGUGAACCACAAGAACAUUUUAAAAGAUGUUACUGUGUUCCAACACGCUCUUUAGUCGUUAAUAAUAAUAAUCGUCAGUUACUGUAGCAUCAGGUGUUUUCUAACAUAAGUACAUCAGUAAAAAGUAAAGUUUCACCUACGAGCAACAUGCAGAGAAAAACAAACAAACAAUCAUAACGUAAUCACGAUGGUUGCGUGUGAGAUCGCCGCCGCCGCCGCCGCCGCUCCAUCGAGGUGAUUGUUAUUAAGGCGUCUUUGGGACCUGGAGGAUUCAGUCGAUCAGGCUGAUUAGAAUCUAAGUAAGCUAGAAGUUACAAGUCUACAUAAAUCCUUUUACUUUAUUAUCCGUAGGUCAGACAAGGAUAAGGUUCGGCCUGACGUUACCGUGACGUCCGGUUUCUACUUUUUUUUAUUUUUUAGAUCUUUAUGCUGUUAGGAUUUAUGAUUUUUGCUUUAAAUUUUACGUACAAACGCCAUACCUUUAUUUUUAUGUUUUAUUUUUAUUUUUUUUGCCUGAACCUGAAAAUCUCUGAAAAAGUCAUUAGUUUCUGUCAUUUUUCACAGAGAUGUCGCUGUAACGUAAAACACGAACGACUGAAUAAACACAUGACUGUAAAAACAA